AUGCAUAUACCUUUAUCCGUUUCCUUUUAUCCCAAGAAAUCCAUGAAUAAGAUUAUUGGGAUGUUUAGCCGAGCAACUAAAUUUCUGCAAGGACCUUUGGAUAAAAAAGUUUAUGUAUUAUGCGCAGCUUAUGAUCGGGAAAAUCAGAGUGCUGUGGCGGCUAGGAAUGAAGGAAUUGAGGCAGUCCAGCUUCCUGUUACCAAGUAUAUCAAGUUCAAUGCUAGGAAAACAUUUCUUCCAAUUAGUACUCAGUUGGACAUCCUAAAAGACGUGUAUGACACCCAUGGUGAUUGGGGAUUUGCAAUAAAAAACAACCUAACCAGAGAACUUGUGACAAACGAUGGAAAAAUAGAUUACGGCCAGUUACUUUGGGAAGUAAGAGAAGCAAAAAAUACGAGGAUUAGAGCAUUGGCAAGUUCUAUUUCGGAAAUUACUGGUUACACUUAUGACACUUUAGAUUAG